AUAAACUGUGUGGUGAUUUUUUAGAUUCAAGUUGACGAUCAUGGUGGUCUUACGAUCUUUUGCGUCUACGAGAGGACUUGUCGUUGGGGCGUUCCUUCUUGCCACACUAGUAUCGAUUGGUCAAAAUGCAACAAAAGCGGACGAGGUGCCAGCAUUUUUUCUAAAAAUCGCGAAGAACAUCCCUCGCGUGGGGCGAAGCGACGGAUACGAUGGUUUCUUCCAGUCCCGACAGAACAUCCCCAAAAUUGGAGGACACGAUACACAGUCUGAAUCCUGGCCUGCGUACGCUAAUAACGAACCCUUCGCAAGACCCAUUAAGAGACGUGCGGACUAUCCACAGCUUCAAGACGCAUGGUCUUGGCAACAUUUUCCUCUUGCAAUAGAAGGACCUCGAGAACUCUGGCGAACUUUGGCAGGAUAUUCCAAGGACACGUCAGAUGAUAUCGAUAACGAAAUAUGGGAGCGAAAGAAGAGGACAGGGAACGAGGGUAUGGCUCCAGCAGAGAAUUAGCAUAAACGGAAUGCUGCGACCCAGCUACGGUGUCCAUUGAAGAUAAUACUUAUUACUUGUUGUGUCGGUGUAAGGUGUUGGGAAAAAUAUUGUGAACAAUAAACGUGUA